AUGGCACAGGGCAUCGCCAUCGACCACAUAGCACCUGAUACUAGCGCCACCUUGCAGACGUACUCUUUCGUUGCGAUGUCAGGCCCAGCAUUCUCGCGCACUAUCACCUUUGCAGCACUCAUUCCAAUGUCAGCGGCAGGAUCCCCAUACUUCGGCAUCUCCCAAUCGAUGACGGUUAGCGAUGGUCUGACCGGAUCGGUCCCAGCGAGCAGAAUAUUCAUUGGACGGAAGUCCAACGCCACCAGUGUCUGA